UCUUUCUGGUUCCCCGCUAGCGUAACCUUACAGUCCUAACAGGUAUCUGAAAAGAGUCAAAAGUAAUAUUAUAUACUAAUUCGUAAAUAGUAAAUUAACUUUCUAUUGGUGUUUAAAAAAAAUUGUGUACAUAAUAAACGCCGAUCGUAGUUGUAGUACAAAACAUUGGCAUGUAUUAUCGUGAUGUGGUAUGUCAUUAUUGUAACAAGUAUUAAAAUAACAAUACUUUGGUUUACCUGUGCACUUACUGGAUUUCAAGUUUUUGUGUGAUUAUAUACUUUUGAAAAACACAUCUCCAAGCUUCAAUAGUAAAAAGCAGCCAUGGAUUAUCAAAACAGACCAGGUGGAAAAACUGGUGGAGGUGGGGUGGCCUCCUGGUCGGAGAGUAACCGAGAUCGUCGGGAGCGUCUCCGACAGCUGGCCUUGGAGACAAUUGAUUUAAAUAAAGAUCCAUAUUUUAUGAAGAAUCAUUUGGGCUCUUAUGAGUGUAAAUUGUGUUUGACUCUUCACAACAACGAGGGCAGCUACCUUGCUCACACACAGGGCAAGAAGCAUCAGGCCAACUUGGCAAGGAGAGCUGCAAAAGAAGCAAAAGAAGCCCCACAGACACUUGCACCAGAAAAACCAAGAGUCGAGCCCAAAAAAUUUGUAAAAAUCGGUCGUCCUGGUUACAGAGUUACCAAGCAAAGAGAUCCAGAAACAGGACAGCAGAGUUUACUGUUUCAGGUGGACUACCCCGAAGUUGCUGACAAUGUUGUUCCAAGGCACAGAUUUAUGUCUGCCUAUGAGCAAAGGGUUGAGCCACCAGAUCGUAAAUGGCAGUACUUGUUAUUUGCUGCAGAGCCUUAUGAAACUAUUGCAUUUAAGGUUCCUAGCAGGGAGGUUGAAAAGGCAGACGGAAAAUUCUGGACGCACUGGAAUAAAGAUACCAAGCAAUUUUUCUUACAAUUUGCUUUCAAAAAUGAGAAACCUAUGAUAGGUAAAAUUCCACCACCACCUAUGCCACUCAUGAGGCCCUCAAUGGUACCAGUACCUCCUCCUCCUCCUCGACCACCUAUGUUCAACCCUGUGCCACCUCCUCCAGCUAUGCUUCGUGGUAUGCCUCCAAUCCCUCCUCCACCUCCCACAAUCAGUUAAAGCUAUUUAUUGUAUUAUAUUUUCAUCAGAAGAGUAAUUUGUAGAAAUUUCAUUUUCUUUGGAAUGAUGUGAGAUGAAUUGGGUAAUAAAUAACAAGGUUUUUAA